AUGGAAAAAGUCGAAAAAUUGGUUAAGUUAGGAUUACCAUCCAAAGCUUUGUUACAAUUCAACUAUGGUGAAACUUCACCUCCUCCAUCACCUUUCCAAAAUGAAUUUUUAACCAAAUGUUUCGAUUUUUCAAUGAAAGUCUCAACUCCGUUAACUAUUGCUAUAGUAUAUUUUUCAUUAGUCCAUUAUAUCAACCCUUUGAUUGUUGCUAGACAAGAAAGACAUGCCAAAUCAUCCAAAGGUGGAAAAGGUGGAAGAUUACCUCCAGCUCCUUUCAAAUUUACCAAAACUUCAGGUUUCAAAUUAUUUGUUAUAUUACAUAAUCUUUUCCUUUGCAUCUAUUCCGUAUGGACUUUUAUUGGAAUGAUCAACACCAUAAAUAACACUCAAGAAUUGAUCAAAUUGAACUUUGAAAACCAACAAAUGAAAAUUGAAUCUAACUUCCAAAAAUUCUUCCAAACUAUUUGUGAUGUUGAUAAUGGUAUUUUCAACUUAAACUUACCUUUCAAGAAUCUUUUAUUAUUUGGAUGGUUUUUCUAUAUUUCCAAAUUUUAUGAAGUUUUAGAUACUGUUAUUAUUUUAGUUAAAGGUAAACCUUCAAGUUUAUUACAAAGUUAUCACCAUGCUGGUGCUAUGAUGUGUAUGUGGGCAGGUAUUAGAUUCCAAAGUCCACCAAUUUGGAUUUUUGUGGUAUUCAAUUCAUUCAUUCAUUCAUUAAUGUACUUCUAUUUUACUUUAAGUUGUUUGAAAAUCAGAGUUCCAGGUAUUUUCAAAAGAAUGUUAACUUCAAUGCAAAUUACUCAAUUCGUUAUUGGUGGUUCUUUAGCUAUGUUACAUUCUUUUAUUUACUUUUAUGAUACUACCACCAACAGUUUGAUUAAUUGUAUUUCUACUCCUGAUCAAGCUUUACCUUUAAUCAUUAACGUCAGUUACUUAACUCCAUUAACUGGAUUAUUUGCAGCUUUCUACAUUGAAAGUUAUGUCAAAAGAAGAGUUUAG